AUGUCCAACAGCCGCUCCAUGGCCCAGUUCCUCCUCCUGGCAUUCACAGACAGGCGGGAGCUGCAGUUCCUGCACUUCUGACUCUUCCUGGGCAUCUCCCUGCCUGCCCUCCUGGGCAACGGUCUCAUCCUCAGUGCCGUAGCCUGCAACCACCACCUGCACACCCCCAGGGACUUCUUCCUGCUCCAACUCUCCCUUACAUACCUGGGUUGCAUCUGUACCACUGUCCCCAAAGCCAUGCACAACUCCUUCUGGGACACCAGGGACAUCUCCUACAUGGGAUGUGCUGCAAAGGUCUUUUUCUUUCUUUUUCUUUUUCUUAUGUCAACAGAGUUUUUCCUCCUCAUCAUCAUGUGCUACGACUGCUAUGUUGCCAUCUGCGAACCCCUGCACUACAGGACCCUCCUGGGCAGCAGAGUUUGUGUCCACAUGGCAACAGCUGCCUGGGCCACUGAGUUUCUCAAUGCUCUGCUGCACACAACCAAUACAUCUUCCCUGCCCCUGUGCCAGGGCAAUGCCCUAGGGCAGUUCUUCUGUGAAAUCCCACACAUCCUCAAGCUCUCCUGCUCACACUCAGGUUAC